AUGAGUCAACCAAGACAAUACAUCAAUUUGGUGGUUGGAGGACACUUCAAAAGUGGGAAGAGCACUUUGAUGGCACACUUUCUUUAUGAAGUAGGUGGCAUUGAUAAAAGGAGUAUGGAAAAAGCUGAAAGAGAAGCGCAAGAAAUUGGGAUGGUUGAUACGAAGUAUUCGAGGUUGUUGGAUUACACAAUAAAUGAGAGAAACGCUGAUAAGACUAUUAAUACCAAGACGUGGAAAAUAAUAACUCGAAGAUUUGAUAUUUCAAUGACAGAUAUUCCUGGGUGUAAGAAGUUAAAAAAGAACGCGAUACGUGGGAUUCAACAGGCAGAUAUAGGAACUUUCGUUGUAUCUGCUGUAAAACACGAAUUUGAAUUCUUUUUAAAUGAAACUAAAGAACUGCUCAUUUACUAUAAAACGUUUCUUAUUGAUAACAUUUUAAUUUGUGUAAAUAAAAUGUCGUGUGUGGAGUACUCUGAAGAGAUUUUUAACAACGUGAAAAGCACAAUGACUCAAUUUUUGAAAUCUUUACAUUUCGACCUUCAAAAAGUGACUUUCAUACCAACCGACGGAUUUGAAGGAGACAAUUUAAUUGAAAAAUCUCCAAAUAUGGGAUGGUUUAAUGAAAAGACUUAUUUGGACGAACUCGACUCUUUAAAAUUUUGUCGUAAGAUAUGUGAAAAACCUCUUCGAAUUGUCGUUGAAAAGGUCUCCUCUAUCAUUGGAAUUGGCACAAUAUGUUCCUGUGUCAUUGAAAGUGGUGUGUUAGUGAAAAAACAAAUGCUGCGAAUAGCACCAAGUGGAGCAACAACGACGUGUGAGAGCAUUGAAAGGCACCAUGAAGAUUUGAGUCUAGCAAAAGAGAGAGAUUAUGUUGGCAUACGUACGCAAUAUCUCAAAUAUAAUGAAUAUCACAUUGGUGAUAUUUUGUCGGAUCCCAACAAUCAUCCAGCAAUCAGAUGUGGGAGUUUUGAAGCCAAAAUAGUUAUGAUGUUUGAUCAAAGAAUUACAGAGAGGUAUGACCCCGUUUUGAAUAUACACAUGAAACAGAUCAACUGUUAUAUUAAAGUGAACUCAGUCUUCAAUCGACAGGAAGAUGUGACUACAAAUGAACAAGAAGUAGUUUUGAAGAAGGGAGAAACUGCUAUGGUUACAAUAACUCCACUCAAAAAACUUUGUGUUGAAAAGUUUACAGAUUAUCCGAAGUUAGGGACGUUUGUGAUUCGAGACAGUAACAAAACUGUUGCGGUUGGGGUAGUCACCGAUGUCACUCCCUACUCUAAAGUUCGCAGUUAUUAG